UUUUUCUAGACUUGAACGAGAUUCUCUUGAUUAUUCUCGAGUCACUUUUUAUGCCUUUAAACUUGGUCCUCCACCUUUACAGAGAUAUGGUAGACUGGCAAGGAGGACAGUUAACACCUUCUUGAUGCUCACCCAGUUUGGAUUUUGCUGUAUAUAUUUUGUUUUUGUAUCAACAAACAUUAAGCAUGUGGUGUAUAAUUACACCAAAGCAGAAAUUAGUAUCCAUGGUUACCUGAGUAUCCUUCUCCCAUUUGUCAUCUUGCUAUCCAUGGCUCGGAGUUUAAGACACCUAGCGUUAGCUUCUACAAUAGCCAAUGUUUUACAAAUUCUGGGGCUGUGUAUCAUCUUUUUUAACUUAUUCCAGCACCUUCCACCUACUUCCUCAAGACCACUUACUGAAUCUCUAUCAAAGUUUCCCCUCUACUUUGGCACAACAAUCUAUGCUUUUGAAGGAAUUGGAGUUGUGCUUCCUCUGGAAAAUGAAAUGCAGACUCCCCAGGACUUUGGAGGUUGUAAUGGGGUUCUCAACACUGGCAUGAUUAUUGUGUGCUGCUUCUAUGUAGCUGUCGGUUUCUUUGGAUACCUGAAGUUUGGAAAGGAUGUGAAAGGGAGUGUCACAUUGAACUUGCCAGCAGAACCAGCUUAUGAAUUGGUACGCAUAAUGUUUGCCAUUGCCGUCUUCUUAUCUUAUGCGAUUCAGUUCUACGUCCCUCUUCAGUUUAUCUGGCCUUUCAUCAGAAAAAAGCGUAGGUUGGAUGACUGGAUGUCAAUGAAGACUCAAAGGAUAUGGGAGUAUGUGCUUCGGGCAUUACUUGUCCUCGUAACAUAUUGCCUCGCUGUAGCCAUCCCACGACUUGAUCUUUUCAUUUCUCUGGUUGGAGCCAUGGCUAGCAGCAGUCUUGCAUUAGUGUUUCCAUGUCUUCUUGAGGUGAUUGUUUUUUGGGAUGAUGACAUGACUUCCAGUCAGUGGAUCAGACUUUUCAUCAAAAACACAUGUAUAGUAACCAUAGGAAUUUUAGGAUUUGCCACAGGAACAUAUGCAAGUAUGAAUGCCAUUAUAGAUGCAUUUUUUUAGAUCACCAGAAGAAAAGUUUAAAAGUUAACUUAUGUCCUACCAUCUACCAAGGUGUAUGAUAUUUAGAAUUCGAAGAAACUUUCCAUCAAUGAUGACGUUGAGAAAUAAGCACCACGGGUUAUUUGUUAGGUAGUACUAUGUUUGUUUAUCAUGAAACAAAUCGUGCCUUGUAAUUCAGUUGUUUUUAUUCUAUAUCUUUAUUGAUUAGGAAUACAUCUCUAGUCUGUGUGUAUGUUAUGGAAUUUUGGAAAAAGGGUUUUUUGUUAGAAGUUUGAUGUAAAAGUUAGAGAACUUUAACUAUGGGAAAUAAUUAUUUAUAUCAUCAUUUAUUAAUUUUCUUGUAAAUUCCUUAUGUAAUUAGGGACUUCCUGAAUUAUCGUGUGUUUUCUAAUGAUCUUGUUGACGUUGUUCAGUAGAAGUUUUAAUGUACAGACUUCUAUCUACUGUGGUAAUCUACAAAUAUGUCAACUUACUACACUAUUCAAAACGUAAAGGUCGUCCCUGUUAUAAAAAUUAUUAAAUGAAUUGAACUGGGAAUGGAUAAAGAAUAAGUUGGAGUUGAGUAUUGUGUAUCCAAUAUUUUGUUAGCUAUGUAUUAUUGUUAUUCUACAGAGAAAGUACUUUUACUCUACGUAUUUAUCCUGUCUUUUGAAGAUGGACAUCAGUAUUGUAUAAUGCUUAUGAUUUGCUGUAAAUUUACUUAUUUCUUGUAAAAUGUAAGUUACAUUCCUAUCUUUUAUAUUAAUAUAAAUAUAAGUCAUUUAUAUGCCUAUAGAAUGUUUCUUAUAAACACCUAUGAAAAUUCCUUUAAUCCAAAUAUAUUUGUUCUUUAUUACUAUGAUGGCAAAAAAAAUACCUUGAUUGACCUUGUCAUACCUUACAAUAGUAGACUCGAUACUUCACAGACAUUUAAUGUAGUUAUAUUUCCACUUGUACUCCUGUCAUACACAGAAUAAGUAGGAUUAAAUGAUCUUGCUCAGAGUAUUUGUUACAUGGUAACUUUGUAUUCCACAUUACAGACAGAACAAAUAGAAACAUGUGAUCUUAGGACUUGGAGAGUAUUUGUUACAUGGUAACUUUGUAUUCCACAUUACAGACAGAACAAGUAGGAACAUGUGAUCUUAGGGCUUACAGAGUAUUUGUUACAUGCUAACUUUGUAUUCCACAUUACAGACAGAACAAAUAGAAAUAUGUGAUCUUAGGACUUGGAGAGUAUUUGUUGCACUUUUGUUUUGUCUCAGAAACAACUUUAUCAAUUAUACAGAAACAAGAACAAAAUUUAGUCAUCUGGAAAUAUGGUUUUGUAAACAAUGUUUUUAAAGUAAAAAUACAUAAUAAA